UCCAAAGAUUGUUUUCUUCACUCCCAUUUUGUUUUAGUGUCAGUCCUCAGAGUUUGUUGUAAGAAAUUUUAAAACGUUUUAACAAAAAAAGGAAAAAAUGGAAAAUAUUCCGCGUACACAUGAGGACAUUGAGGCUCAAAUAGCUGAUAUACAAUCAAAAAAGAAGGAAGUACAAAAGAGUUCCACUGAAGGUGUAGGUUUAUUGGAUAGUGGCAACUUUUAUGACACCGAUUUUUAUGAUGAAGGUGCAAAAGCUAAAAGUCGCUACGAUGGUUAUCAUACUUCCAUUGCGCCGAAUGAAGAAGCCGAUGAGGAUGAAGAUGAGGGCAUACCAGUAGCACAAAAGCGUACCACUUACACGGCUCCAAAAUCUGUUAUGAACGAUGUGACUCAGGGCAAGGAAGAUGUUGAUCCUUUGGCUGAUCGUCGACGAGCAACUAUAGCAGAUCGAGAAGAUGAAUAUAAGCAGAAACGUCGUCGUGUUAUUAUUUCACCCGAACGUGCAGAUCCCUUUGCUGAGGGUGGAAAAACUCCGGAUGUCGGUUCGCGUACUUAUACCGACAUUAUGAGAGAGCAAAUGUUGAAGGGAGAAGAAAGUGAGCUAAGACGUAAAAUUAUUGAGAAAUCAAAAGAUGGUACUUUGUUGAAAACUGUACCGGAUCCACCGAAAGAGGGUGGUCGUAAACGUGGACGUUGGGAUCAAACUGUAAGUGACAGUUUUGUGCCCGCAAAGGUAGCUGCCACUCCGAGUAGUGCCGCCACACCAACAUGGGAAGAGGUAAGAAACAUGCUUAAAUAUUGUAAUAAAUUAUUAAAUUUUUCAUUUUUCGUUUCAAAGAAAACUCCAGCUGAUCAUCGAUGGGAUGAAACUCCCGCGCAUAAAACGGGCUCUGAAACACCAGGAGCUACGCCAGGAGUAACAACUCGUAUUUGGGAUGCUACACCAGCUCAUGCCAUGACACCGGGUCAUGAAACACCAGGCCAUGAAAAGUCGGUUAGACGUAAUCGUUGGGAUGAGACGCCGAAGACCGAAAGGGAAACUCCCGGACAUAGUGGUUGGGCAGAGACACCAAAACCGGACCGAGGAACAAGUGAUAAUGUUGUUGCGGAGUCUACACCAGGUGCUUCGAAGAGGAGAUCGCGUUGGGAUGAGACACCCUCUAAUGCUACACCUUCGGCUAUGACACCCAGUAUGACUCCAAACAUGACACCACACGCUACACCCGGCCAUGUAACACCAAUGUUAACCCCCGGCGGCUCUACACCCAUUGGUGUAAAAGCUAUGGCCAUGGCUACUCCAACUCCUGGAGCAUUGGCUGCCAUGACUCCCGAACAACUACAAGCCUACCGAUGGGAAAAAGAGAUCGAUGAAAGAAAUCGCCCCUUCACUGAUGAGGAACUUGAUCAAAUGUUUCCUCCUGGCUAUAAAAUUUUGCCACCACCAGCCGGUUACGUGCCACUACGUACACCUGGCCGUAAACUAAUGGCCACGCCUACGCCCAUUGCUGGCACACCGGCCGGUUUCUUUAUUCAAGUGGAGGAUAAAAAUGCCAAAUUUAUGGACAAUCAACCAAAAGGACAAAAUUUACCAUUUAUGAAACCAGAAGAUGCCCAGUACUUUGAUAAAUUGCUUGUAGACGUCGAUGAAGAUUCUUUGUCUCCGGAAGAAAUGAAGGAGCGUAAAAUAAUGAAACUCUUGCUGACCAUUAAGAAUGGUUCACCACCCAUGCGUAAAUCAGCUUUAAGACAAAUUACCGAUAAGGCUAGAGAAUUUGGGGCAGGUCCAUUGUUUAAUCAAAUCCUACCAUUGCUUAUGUCUCCCACCUUGGAAGAUCAAGAAAGACAUCUUUUGGUUAAAGUUAUCGAUCGAGUUUUGUAUAAAUUGGAUGAUUUGGUCAGACCUUAUGUUCACAAGAUUCUUGUGGUUAUUGAACCAUUGCUUAUCGAUGAGGACUACUACGCCCGUGUAGAGGGUCGUGAGAUUAUAUCAAAUCUUGCCAAAGCCGCUGGUCUGGCAACUAUGAUCUCUACUAUGCGUCCUGAUAUCGACAACAUCGAUGAGUAUGUGCGUAACACCACUGCUCGUGCAUUUGCUGUUGUCGCCUCGGCUUUGGGUAUACCCUCUCUAUUGCCGUUCUUAAAAGCUGUGUGCAAAUCGAAAAAAUCCUGGCAGGCUCGUCACACCGGUAUUAAAAUUGUCCAACAAAUAGCCAUUCUAAUGGGUUGUGCUAUUUUGCCUCAUCUAAAGGCACUGGUGGAAAUUAUUGAACAUGGUUUGGUAGAUGAACAGCAAAAAGUUCGUACCAUCACAGCUUUGGCUAUAGCUGCUUUGGCCGAAGCCGCUACUCCCUAUGGUAUUGAGUCAUUCGAUUCGGUGCUAAAACCCUUAUGGAAAGGUAUUCGCACACAUCGUGGCAAAGGUUUAGCUGCCUUUUUAAAGGCCAUUGGCUAUUUAAUUCCUCUGAUGGACGCCGAAUACGCCAAUUAUUAUACCCGUGAAGUAAUGCUUAUUUUGAUACGUGAGUUCCAGUCUCCGGAUGAAGAAAUGAAGAAGAUUGUCUUGAAAGUAGUAAAGCAAUGUUGUGCAACAGAUGGUGUAGAAGCUCAGUACAUUAAGGAGGAGAUUUUGCCUCAUUUCUUUAAAUUCUUCUGGAAUCAUCGCAUGGCUUUAGAUCGUCGUAAUUAUCGGCAGCUGGUUGAUACUACAGUUGAAAUAGCCAAUAAAGUGGGAGCUUCGGAAAUUAUCAAUCGUAUUGUGGACGAUUUAAAGGAUGAAAAUGAACAGUAUCGCAAAAUGGUCAUGGAGACUAUCGAAAAAAUCAUGGGUAAUUUAGGUGCAGCCGACAUUGAUUCUCGCCUAGAAGAACAACUUAUUGAUGGUAUACUCUACGCUUUCCAGGAACAAACCACUGAGGAUGUGGUAAUGUUGAAUGGUUUCGGUACCAUAGUCAAUCAAUUGGGUAAACGUGUUAAACCCUAUUUGCCACAAAUUUGUGGUACCAUUCUUUGGCGUUUGAAUAACAAAUCGGCCAAAGUAAGACAGCAGGCGGCUGAUUUAAUUUCCCGUAUUGCCAUCGUAAUGAAGACUUGCCAAGAGGAAAAACUUAUGGGCCAUUUGGGCGUCGUUCUCUAUGAAUACCUGGGCGAGGAAUAUCCAGAAGUAUUGGGUAGUAUUCUGGGUGCCCUUAAAGCCAUUGUUAAUGUCAUAGGCAUGACCAAAAUGACACCGCCCAUUAAAGAUCUUUUACCACGUUUAACGCCCAUUUUAAAAAAUCGUCAUGAAAAAGUCCAAGAGAAUUGUAUUGAUCUGGUGGGUCGUAUAGCAGACAGAGGUCCAGAGUAUGUGUCCGCCAGGGAAUGGAUGCGUAUUUGCUUCGAGCUUUUGGAGUUGUUGAAGGCUCAUAAAAAGGCAAUUCGUCGUGCUACUGUCAACACUUUUGGCUACAUUGCCAAGGCUAUUGGUCCGCACGAUGUGCUGGCCACUUUACUCAACAACCUGAAAGUGCAGGAACGUCAAAAUCGUGUUUGCACCACAGUCGCUAUAGCCAUUGUAGCUGAGACUUGUCGUCCUUUUACCGUGUUGCCAGCUCUAAUGAAUGAAUACCGAGUACCAGAAUUGAAUGUGCAGAACGGUGUUCUCAAAUCCCUAUCAUUCCUUUUCGAAUAUAUUGGCGAAAUGGGUAAAGAUUAUAUAUACGCCGUAUGUCCUCUGCUGGAAGAUGCUUUAAUGGAUCGUGAUUUGGUGCAUCGUCAAACGGCCUGUGCUGCCAUCAAACACAUGUCUCUGGGUGUUUACGGUUUUGGUUGCGAAGAUGCCCUCGUGCAUUUGCUUAACUAUGUCUGGCCCAAUAUAUUCGAAACGUCUCCUCAUUUGGUCCAAGCGUUUAUGGAUGCAGUUGAAGGUUUGCGUGUUUCAUUGGGACCAAUUAAAAUAUUGCAAUACACCCUGCAGGGCCUGUUCCACCCGGCUCGCAAAGUGCGUGAUGUCUACUGGAAGAUUUACAAUUCGCUUUACAUCGGUGGCCAAGACGCUUUGAUAGCAGGUUAUCCCCGCAUCACAAAUGAUCCGAAAAAUCAAUAUGAACGUUAUGAACUUGACUACACACUUUAAGGGGAUCGAUCAUAAGGCCUAAGAGAAACAUUUACAGCAGCAUAAUGCCGUAUUUAAUUUUGCAUUAUAUUAGUGUUUAACAAUUUAUUUAGAACUUAAUAAAAAAAAAUGUAAUGAAAGCUUUUCAAUAUUACAAUAUGAAAGACACAAACAUAA